AUGACCGACGUCGAGAAAGGCAAACAGUUGUCUGAGGAGUCUGGAACUAUCAUCGAAGUCACCCCCGAAGAGUCAUACGAGGUGAACAAGUAUGGCUCGCUGGCUUGGAGGGUUGUGCGCUGGUUUCGUGCAGAAGAAACCGGCGUUGAGCGAGUCACGGAAGAGAUGAGGACAAAUCAUUCCCCGUACUCCAUGGGAAUACUCUGGAUGGCUAUCAAUAUGGUGCCUCUAGGCUGCAACAUUGGUAUGCAAGGGAUCACUUACUACGAAAUGAGCUUCUGGGACUCGGCUCUCUGCAUCAUCUUCUUCAAUCUCCUGGGAGUUCUUCCUGUGGCAUACAUGAGCACCUUUGGUCCAGUUUUUGGCAUGCGGCAAAUGGUUCUUACCAGAUUCUUUGUCGGAUAUCAAGUCAUGCGGCUGUUUGCUUUCAUCAACACCCUGACUUGCAUGGGCUGGUCCACUCUCAACGACAUCUCUGGCGCCAACCUCUUGCAUACACUUGGAGACGGUGCUUUACCACCCUGGGCUUGUAUCCUCAUCUCGGUCAUCCUGACAAUGGUGAUCACCAUGCUCGGAUACAGGACCAUCCACAGAGUCGUGUCAUGGUUUUGGGUGCCCACGAUCAUCGUGCUGUUCGUUUUCAUUGCCAGGAUCAAAAUCUCGGAUUCCUUCUCGACAGGCACCAUGGCAGCUGGUCGUGCCGAGGCCGGUGCCGUGCUGUCGUAUGGAGCAGCUCUAGUUGGCAAUGCUUCAGGCUGGACACUGUUUGCCUGCGAUUACAGCCUGUAUCUCAAACCGACGACGUCCAAGUGGAAACUCGGGCUAUCGGUCUAUGUCGGCAUUCUCUUCACGACCAUGUUCCUCCAGUUGACAGGCCUGGCAGCGGCUGCGUGCACCUACAAGAACGCAUACUUCGCUCAAAUGUACGAAGAACAAGGCGGAGGUGGUCUCUUUUAUGCCAUUCUUGUCCACAACUCUCUCGGCCGCUUCGGAGAAUUCUGCAUCGUGAUGCUGUUCCUUUCCCUGGUGGCAUGCAAUGUCGCUUGCGUGUACUCGGCAUCCUUGUCUGCACAAGCCAUUUGUUCCAAAUUCAGACUGAUUCCUCGAUUCUUCUGGGCCCUGUUGGCCAACAUUGUUGGACUGGUUGUCAGCAUUGUAGCCUUCUACAAGUUCGAUGAAGUGCUCAACGAUAUCCUUGCCAUCAUAUCGUACUUCAUCACACUUUACGUCGGCAUCUUCCUGUCCGAGCAUCUCAUCUACCGACGCAAGCUUGGAUACAAGAUCGAAACUUACCAAAACGCCAGAAGUAUGCCAUUCAGUUAUGCCGCCCUGUUUGCAUUCUGCUGCGGAGUCACUGGCGCCGUCGUUGGAAUGUACGAGGCUUGGUGGACCGGGCCUUUGGCGAGAGAUGUUAGCAGAGUCUUCCCUGGAGACAUUGGGUUCGAGUUGGCUUUUGCUUUUGCUUUUGUUGGGCAUGCGUCCACGAGGUGGCUUGAGAUCAAACAUUACGGAAUGUAG